UACGCCUUAACAUGUGAUCCUGAAAGCAAACAAUGUUCAUGCAAACCAGGUGUUGGAGGAUUGCGAUGUGACAGAUGUGAACCCGGGUAUUGGGGACUUCAUAAAGCAUCAGAAGGAAGCAGUGGCUGUUCGUCCUGCAGUUGCAACACAUAUGGAUCAGUUCGUGAUGAUUGUGAACAAAUGACUGGAAGAUGCGUCUGUAAACAAGGCAUAAAAGGUUUGAAAUGUGAUGUAUGUCCCCCUGGAACAGUUUUGGGACUAGAUGGAUGCAUGGAUGUGUCCAUCUCGAAAGCUGUAUCUGGUUCAUGCUCUGAUUUACGCUGCAUCCAUGGUGCAACAUGUCAAGAGAAAGACGGUUUAGCUCAGUGCACAUGCAAUAUUCACUGUGCAGCUGCUGAGAACAAAGAAACUGUUUGUGGAUCGGAUGGUAACACAUACGCAUCAGAAUGUCAACUGAAAGCAUUCAGUUGCAGAUAUCAGAAACAGAUUUCAGUUGCAUCCAACGGACCAUGCAAGAGAGGUGGCCAAAUACCACAUUUAUCACCUACGCCGGGACCAGUACGGAGAUCAACAGUCCAAAGAACAGCUGCAGCAGACCAUUCAGAAACUAAAUCAACAAGAGACAUAUCUGUUGGUCGCCCAGAAACUUAUCAACUUACUACAAGACCAACAUUGGCUACUCCCAUUUCUAUUGGAAACUUUAUUGAAACACCAUCAUUCUUUGGACGUUCCUAUUUAGAAUUACCACGCCUUCAGGCCUACUCCCGUCUCUCUUUGGAACUGGAGUUUCGAACUUUUACCAAUGACGGAAUAUUGUUAUACAAUGGCCAAACAGCUACUGGAACUGGCGAUUUUGUCUCUUUAGCUAUCAGAGAUGGUUUUGCAGAAUUUAGGUAUAAUUUAGGAAACGGUCCCGUAGUUCUGCGAUCUCCACAAAAAUUACACUUGGGUAAAUUUCACCGCCUGAUUGCCAAAAGGUAUUUGCGAGACGGAAUGCUUACGCUGGAGGGACAGGAAGAUGUUGCCGGCAAGAGUCAAGGUUCUUUGAAAUCUUUAGAUCUCGGAGAAAAUCUCUUCUUGGGGUACGUCCCAUCCGAGAGGAAAGGGAUAUUUGAAAAUAUUGCUGUUACUAGUGGUAUGGUAGGAUGCAUUAGGCGAUUGAAAAUUGGAAAAAAAGAAGUCGAUCUCAGAUUUCCUUAUUCAAAAGAUAUUUUGAGGGGACACGGAAUACAUGAAUGCGGAACAAGUUCUUGUAUUAACCUACCUUGCAAGAAUAAUGCUAUAUGUGAACCAAUCGGCGAGACUGAUUACUCAUGCCUUUGUAUGCCAGGAUUUACAGGAAAAACCUGUGAAAUAUUAGAAGACGCAUGCAUAAACAGCCCUUGUAUUGAAGGAUCAACAUGUAUAACUCAUGCAGAGCAUGGAUUUGUGUGUAGAUGCCCUCCAGAUCGUGCUGGAAAACUAUGUGAAAAGACUAAUCGAGAGUCUGAAGGCAUUUUUGUUCCUGAUUUCAAGGGGGAUUCUUAUCUCGAAUUUCCGACUUUAACAAACGUUCGUCAAGCAUUUAACAUUGAAGUUUGGUUUUUAACACGGGCGUUACACGGAACAGUACUUUACAACGGACAGCAAGCUUCAGGAAAAGGAGAUUUUGUAGCCAUUACCAUAACUGAUGGUUAUAUUGAUUUUCGAUAUGACCUGGGAAGUGCUGUCCAAUCUGUUUCGAGUCCGGAGCCUAUAUCUUUGAACGAAUGGCAUUCGGUGAAGGUUAAUCGUUUGUGGAAAAACGGCACUUUGCAAGUUGAUGACGGUCGUAUUUCAGCCAAAGAAUCACCGGCAUCCCUGACAGAACUGAAUCUUGAGAACAAUUUGUACGUUGGCGGUGUUCCAAACUUGAAGAUAGUGAAUCCCGAAUCCAGCGUGAAAGUUGGUCUGGACGGAGCGAUUCAAAGGAUUAACGUAAAUGGAGACAUAUGGGACAGACUAAUGUCCCGCGCUGUUUGGUCACAUCGUGUCCAUCGUUACAGGGGACCACCAUGUGAUAAUACAAUGCAAUGCCUUAAUGAUGGUGUUUGUGUUCCCAGCUUAAAUGUGCCUCUCUGCAAAUGUCCUUUACAUUUCUGGGGACUGAGAUGUGAAAAGAAAAUUAAUAAAGAAGACUUAGAGCGACCCGUUUCUUUUGAUGGAAGUAACUUCCUAAGUUUUUCAAGCAAAUCUAUUACAGGGAUGGAAGGACAGAGGGAAACUAACAUAGAAGUGACAUUUCGGACAUCCCUCCACAAAGGUCUACUUUUGUGGACGAACAAGGGAGCGACAAUAAGAGGAGAUUAUCUGUCUCUGGCCAUAUCCAAAGGAUAUGCUCAACUCAGUUUCAAUCUAGGCAAACAGACUGAACCAUUGCUCAUAACAAGUCUCCAUAGAGUGGACGAUGAAAGGUGGCACACGGCACUCAUAGAAAGAAAUAUGAGAUAUGGUACGUUAACUAUAGAUGAUAAUCCACCUGUUAGCAACACUUCUGAUCCAGGAGCAACGGAGCUCAAUACAGAUGGAAUGUAUUGGAUAGGUGGCUGUCCAAGUCUUCCCACUGCCCUUCCCGAAGAUUACUACCACGGAUUCCAAGGAUGUAUAGAAUCCGUUGUAAUAGACGGCGAUCCACUACAUCUGGUGAUGCAUGGAACAGGCGAAGUAACCUUUUGUGAUGGAUCCUGAUGACAUUCAAUAAGUGCCUUUCUCUGUUGUAAUUACAAGCCAUAAAAAAAGAGUGAUGAAGCCAGCUUCAUAUUUCUUCGUGAAGCCAUCUGGGAUGUAUCCCUAUUAUGUCCCCGGAGAACAUCAUUUUUGUUAUAUCUAUAUGAAGCUAAUAAGGAGAUAUGGAAAACUAAUAGCCCGCCCUCAGGUGUGCAAAAGGAAAUCGAGGGAUUGGAGACGUAUAGUGACGUCUCGGUAUUCAAAUAUAGAAUUUCUUGUUGAUAUAUACGUUUUUGGAACUAUUUCAAAGUGUGACUUUUUUUGGGAAAGUCAUAAAAUGGACGUUUGGUGUUUCGUGUCGUGGUUAAAAACAAUAUCUACCGAGGAGAGUUGAAAAUUUUGGUGAUGAUUGGCGAAAUUUGCUAUAUCGAAUUAAAAUAUAAAAUCUUUUAAAAAAGUCAGUUAUAAAAAUUCGUUUCAAUUUUCCUGAAACAUUCGUAAUAGCGAAUUAAAAGAUAAAAUAUUUUAAAUAAGUCAGUUACAAAAAUGUAUCUAAAUUUAUCUCAAACGUUCGUUAUAUCGAUUUAAAAUAUAAAAUAUUUUAAAAAAGUCAGUUAUAAAAAUUUAUUUAAACUUUUCUCGAACAUUCUGAUGUUAACAUUGAAGAAAGUAAGAAACAAUUGAAAGACUGAGAAAGAAAAUUAUAGUUAAGAAUCCAAUUAUAUUUUAGACAUUUUACAUAAAUUAAAUUGAUUACAUGGUUUAACGCAUUGUUUAGGAAUUAUUUUUUUAUAUAGGAUAACGUAACUUAUGCAAGAACGAAAUGCAAGAAAGAAAUUUGAACUGAAGUUUAAAAUAGAACUAAAUUUUAAAGUACGAAAACAAAAACAUUUAAAUUAAUUUUGAAAAUCUAUACAGAUUAUAAUUUCUCUUUCUUACGGUCGAACUUAAGGUUGGCUGAAUUCAUUCUUUUAAAACUAAUCCAGCAUCUUAUCUACCGAUCUUAAACUAAUCGAACACUUAUUUCGAUUGAGACAUUGCUUUUCCGCAUUGCAUUCCACUUCCCACAAACUGAUUAGAAGAUUUUUCAAUUAAACUGAUACUAACUGAUAACAUAAUUUCUAACCCCGUAUUUUCCUUCUGAUCAUCAAAUUUGCUUUCCUGAAUAAAGAAGGUAGUAAGAUAAAAUCUGUUUACUAAUUUGAGCAAGAGUGGAAUCAGGGAAAGUUAAACUUUGAUUGCUUUCACAACUUUAAGCCUAAACCUUAACUAAUUUUUGAAAAAUAUUUUGAUAGAAUUGUUCUUGCAUAUAGUUAUGGACAUAUUCCAAUUGAUAUUAAAAAGAAAAAACUAUAUAAGACAACAUAUACUCUCGAGCAACUAAUCAAUUCAGUUAUUAUCUAUUUAUUUCAAGAUAUAAAAUUUAUUUAACUGGUAUUUAGAUACCAAGACAAUCAAAAUGAAUUCUAUGAAUUUCUUAUUGAAACAUUUGCAAACUAUAUUGUUCUAAUAGAAUUAUAUGCUACUUUUUUUCUGAAAUUUGCAUUUGGAUAACAGCUUUAUUUCUUUCCUUUAAAAUCCAAUUUGAGUAUAUUGCUUAUGUAUGUUUUAAAAACUGCUUCAGAAGCCGGAAAAAAAUACGAGAACUUUAUAACCUUGAGAAAAAUAAUUUAACUUCUAAUUAAAAUUAAAAAAAAGUUAUUGCUGUAUUUGAAUAAAAACGUUUUAAAUUCAUUGAAUGGAAAGUUUCGUAAUUCAAUUUUUAACAAUCGACAACAGAUGGCACCACGACAGAUUCCUACUUAAUCGUUAAAAAAAAUAUGUUCAUCAUUUUUGUGUCACUCAUCUCAGCCGAAGUCAAAUAACAUAUGAAAGAUUCCAGUCCCAAAUUCAAAAUGAAGCAUUUAUUCUUUAUUGAAUUUGUUAUAUGUUUUUUAAUAUUUGAAAGAAAAACUUUUGUUAGUUAAUAGGCCCAAAAUGAAAAUUCAUCAUAUACUAAAAAAAUUCAAGUUUACUUAUUUAAUAAAAAGAUAAAAACAAACAAAAUUAAAGAGAUAAGUAAGACAGCAUGUUUAGACACAUUUAAAAAAAAAAAAAAUUUCCUGAGUUUAAGGCACAUAUAUACCUUAAUAAUAAUUACGUACUUAAAUACUAUUAUUAAAAGAAAAAAAAUUAAAUAAAAAAAGUGUUCUUUUUUAAAGAAAGAAAAUUUUAAAUUAAAAACAGUAUUUUUUUCCUUUUCGUUCUAUCAUUCAACAAAUAAAGUAAAGGUAAUUGUUUAGUAACAAAAAUAAAAUUAAAUUAAAUUUAAAAGAUAACUGGAACAAAUCAUAAAGAUCUUCAAAAUUCCCCAAGUUUAAGACACAUAUAACUUCGUAAUGAAUACUAAAAUAGUAUUUAAAGAAGGGAAUUUUAAAAGAGAAAAAUGAGUGGUUUUUAGUUCCAUUCCUUAACAAGGAAUUCAAAUUUAUUACCAACAAAGUAACAGUAACGAAGAUUAGCAAUAAAGAUAAAAUUGACAAAGUAUUUGUAACAGAGAUAAAAUUGAAGAAAACUGAAAAGAUAAGUGGAAGAACGUGUUAAAUUUCGCAUUUACAAAAAGACAAAGAUAAAAUUAAACAAUACUAAACAUUAAACGGAAGAGCAUGCUAAAUCAUCUAUUUAAAAACUUUUUCCCAAAUCUUAGAGACACAAAUAUCUUCAAACUAAACAUGUGUUAAAACAGUAUUUAAAGAAAAAUUUUAAAUGGAAAAAUAUACUUUGUUUUAUAUGGUUAUAUUUCUGCUGUUUCUAUUUCAAGUUGAUUGUUUCAAGCGCACUAAGAUGUCACUUAACAAUUUAUUAAUCAAUCUAGCUCUUUAAUUACAAAUAAAAGUAUUGAGUGCUUCCAAGUUUGCUGCUUUGAACUGUUAUAGUUUUUGAACAAAAAUUGACUAAACGAACAAAUUUCUCACUGAACUGUCAUUGUUUUAAUAUUCUAAAUAAACAAAUUGUGUUAUUUUAUGUAAUAUGUGUUUUUACCAGUUGGAAAUGAGAGUUUAAAAUAAAGAAUUUUUAUACUUGUUAA